GCUAAUGUUUGCUCUCAUAAGUAGGCUAUCAUUUAUCAUUAUUGUUAAAUAUAAAAUAAACAAUUGAAAACAAAACGCAUAAGAAUAAUUUUAAAACUAAAAAAAAUAAUAGUUUGCAAAAUGUUAACCGAUACUGAAGACGAUUUCUUCUACGAAGAAGACAAAAUAACUAAAUGCAAGAUGGAAGAAAGUGCACCAUUGCUGCCUAUAGAAUCGUUGUCCUUCGAUAUAGCAUCUAUCUCUGCGACGAAUCCAACAGAUACACAAUUGGUCCAAAAAGUGCCUUCGUCUACUUCACAAUCUAAUGAAACAUUCGAUUCAAAAGCAACAACGACAAUAUCUACACAACCGGUUGAUGAUAUUUUAGUGACAGACGAGAUGGGCGCGACUGUUGUUUGCGCUGGCUCUCCAACGCAUAAUGAAAGAUUUUACGCGUUUGCUAAACAAAAGUUCGAAUUAGAGCGAUUGGGGAUGACGGUCAGUACAAAGUCUGUAGUCAUGAAUAAAGAUGAAAGUAACUUGAUUGGCAUAAGCAUAGGUGGUGGAGCCCCACUUUGUCCUUGCCUCUAUAUAGUUCAGAUAUUUGAUGGUACACCUGCUGCCCGUGAAGGUUCGUUGGAGAGUGGUGACGAAUUAUUAGCCAUAAAUAAUGUUAGUGUCAAAGGUAAAACCAAAGUCCAAGUAGCCAAAAUGAUACAGGUUGCCAGUCAACAAGUGACCAUACAUUAUAAUAAAUUGCAUGCUGAUCCUGAACGAGGCAAAUCCUUAGAUAUCAUUUUGAAAAAGUUGAAACAUCGCAUUGUUGAUAACAUGUCCAGUAAUACAGCCGAUACCUUGGGACUGUCGCGUGCGAUAUUGUGUAACGAUUCGUUAGUUAAACGAUUGGAAGAAUUGGAAGGAACUGAGAUGAUGUAUAAAGGCUUAGUGGAGCAUGCAAAACGUAUGCUUAAAGCGUAUUACGAUUUGCUGCAAACUUAUCGUUUAUUUGGUGAUUGUUUUAUGUGCAUUAGUACACGUGAACCUCAGAUGAGGGCUUCGGAAGCUUUUCGCAUAUUUGGCGAAUUUCAUCGUCAUCUAGAGAAAGAUGGUCUGGAGAUAAUUAAACAAAUUAAACCCAUUUUAGAUGAUUUGGGCACAUACCUGCACAAAGCUAUACCGGACACAAAAUUAACCGUACGCCGUUACAUGGACGCUAAAUUUACGUAUCUCUCAUAUUGUCUAAAAGUCAAAGAAAUGGAUGAUGAAGAGCAUGGAUUUGCCUCCAUACAAGAGCCUCUAUAUCGUGUGGAAACUGGUAACUAUGAGUAUCGUCUUAUAUUAAGAUGUCGCCAAGACGCCCGCGGUAAAUUUGCCAAACUACGAACCGAUGUAUUGGAAAAAAUGGAAUUGCUAGAGUGUAAACAUGCUAACGAUUUAACUAACCAAUUACGUGGCUUGUUGAACAGCUUAAAGCAACUAAAUCAGUCUGUAGUGCAACGCAUGGACAGUUUACCUCAUUUGUUUCCUAUAGAAGUCGACUUUAAGGAAACGGACUUUCAAUAUAAAUCACAGAUAUUGGAACCUCAAAAACUCGACGAAGAUGAAGAUCAGGAAAACGUCCUGCAAUCAAGAAAUACCUGUACGGAAAUAGUAUGCGGUUUAGAGGCUGUAGAAGAACCGGCUCCUAUUGUCAACAUCUGUAAAGAGGAAAAUGCUUGUUCGCUGAAUGACAAUGACUCGCUGCUUAGAGAUCUGGGUCUUUUAGGUAUAGAUUUGAAUGCUAAACCGCCUUUAUUACUUAAUGAAAAUCAACAUGUAACCGAUGACUUUGGCAUCAUGGCAGGUGCUGCCGCUUUGCCAACGAUCAGUAAUAAUAAUAAAAUAUUCGAUUUCGAUUUAUUUUUAAAUCAGUGCCCUUCGACGUCGCCAUCAACGGCAACCAUUACGAAAAGCAACCCAGAACAAGAUCUCAUGGCAGUCAACGCGUUAGAGACAGAUUUGCUGCUGCAAUAAAAGUCCAUGAUUAGAGUUCAUUGUAUCUUUAUAUAAUGUAGACUUGUUUUAUUUCAUUUUGACUACAUGGCUCAGAUGCUAACUUUUAAAUAAA